AUGGGUAAAAAAUCAAGGAGCAAAGCCACCCACGCCCGCAAGCCGCCACCGCCCCCGGUGGACCCUUUGGACGCCGUCCACGCGGCCGCGACGACACCCGCCUGGCUCGUAGCCACAAGAGACGACGCCGUCGCCGUGAAACUCCUGGAAACGCUCGAGCGCGCCGUCGCGAAGCUGCCGCGGACGUCCCCACCCAUACCCGGGCCCACGGACGAGUCACGCGCGGCGCUCUACGCCUGGGCGAAGGACAACGGCUGCGCGUGCGAGCACAUCAAGCUUGAGAGUUUUGAGGACGGCCAGACGCGCGUCGUCGCCGCAUCAAAUAUAAAAGAGAACGACGUCGUCAUCUCAGUGCCCGCGGCCUUGCACCUGCGCGCGACUGACAACGACCCGAUGGGCGUCGCGGCCUUCGCGAGGACCCACAACCUCGACGCGACGCUCGCGCUCGCGUUGAGGUUGUGCGCCGAGGCCGUCGCCGACGACUCGUUCUGGAUUCACUACGUCCGCUGCCUGCCUUCUACAUAUGACGUGCCGACGUUCUGGGCGUGGGAGGACGUGGCGAGGUUGCGGGGCUCGGCGAGCUUUCGGCGGGCCUGCAUGUCGCGGUGUGCGGCCGCGCGGUCCUUUGUGUUGGUUUCUAGAAGUCUCGGCGAGGAGGCCUCGUCCGCUUUGUCGUUGGAUUAUGAGAGGUGGCGCUGGGCGCUGGGCGCCGUGCAGACGCGGCAGAACUCGCUAGGCGGGGCGCUGGCGCUCGUGCCGCUCUGGGACAUGUGCAACCACGGCGAGGACGCGGGCGCGUCGCGGCUGGCCGAGGACGGUUCCCUGGUGUUGAUGACGACGGGCGUCGCUGGUGGCGAGGAGGUGCGCAUGGACUACGGCGACCGGUCGGCGGCGAACUUCCUGCUCCACAGCGGCUUCGUGCCGCCGCCGUCGCUCCGCGAGGGCGCCGACACCGCGACCGUCGACGUGGCGCUGCCGGCGACGCCGCUCGCGGCCCUCCUCGCGCGCUUCCUCGAUUCAAGGAAAGUGCCCCGCGCGCCGGCGCCGCCGAACGCGCCGCCGCGCUGGCGCGGCGCACUCCUGCGCAUGGUGGCGACGGCCGGCGGCGCGGCGCACGCGGUCCCCGACGCCGCGCUGAAUUCAAUAGCCCUCGCGGCGGGCGCCGACAACAAGGCCGACGCCACAUAUCUCCUCCGCUGCGCGCCCGACGCGGCCCUGAGCCCCGCGAGCGCCGCGCACGCGGACCGCGCGACGCGAGCGCUCGCCGCGGCGACGGCGGCGCAGGCGGAGGGCUACCCGGUCCUACCCGAGGCGACGACCGCGCACGGCCGCCUCGCCGACGCGCUCGUCGCGCGCGAGAAGGAGAUGCUCCGCCGCGGCGUUUGUAAAGGCAAGACGGCCUGA